AUGUCUGCUAACGAUUUCUACUCAUCUGGUGAACAAGGAUCCUACGAACCUCCAAAGUCAAACAACCAAGGUAAUGACAGUGAAGGUGGGGACAGAGGAUUAGGCUCUACUUUAUUAGGUGGAAUUGCUGGUGGAUUUGGUGGUAAUAAAUUGGGUGGUAACAACCACGGAACAUUAGGUACUGUUGUUGGUGCUGUUGGCGGUGCUAUUGCUGCAAACAAGAUUGAAGAUGCUUACGAAGACCACAAUAAACAAGACCAAUAUGGUAGACCUGGUCAGCAUAGUGGAAUUGGGGGUGGUGAAAGAAGACACGAAGGUGGAUUUGGAGGUGAAAGAAGACAUGAAGGUGGCUUUGGUGGAAGAGAUGAAGGCCGUGGUCAUGGUGGUUUCGGUGGCAGAGAAGAAGGACACCAUGGUGGAUUCGGUGGUAGAGAUGAAGGUCGUCAUGGUGGUCAUGGUGGCCAUGGUGGCCAUGGUGGCCAUGGUGGUCGCGGCGGAGAAGGUCGUUGGUAG